GUUAUAAGGGUAGACACCGAUACUUGCACCUGAAAAGGAUAAAAUUGUAAUAAAAGCAUCACAAUAACCAAUGAAGCGGACCAGAUGUAGUGUAUGGAAUGGUGUUCUCUCACCACUCAAAGUAAUACCCGCUUUUCAACCUCUACUAUUCAAGCAAGACAAAUUUUUAUCAAUAAAAAGUCGAUCCGUUGAAAGAUGGGUUGAGGCCUGUCAGGAUAUCUUGUCUCGUUCUCGCGCGCUGGAACAGAAGGUUAAUGAGUUUUUUGACCUCAAUCGCGUUCCCUCCACGACUGCUGCACCUCUACCCGCGGGCAUUUCCAAAAGUGAGCCAACGGCAAAGUACAGUGGUGCUCCGCGUCAUAUCGAGGCAUUGCCGUCCCAUCUUGUUGAAGAAUUGCAGCACAUAAACAAAAAAGCUCAACGCCUGACCACUAUUCAGGGCUUUGUUCUGAGCGAUGAGUUGGUCUUCGGCAUGUUCCACAUAAAUGUGAUAAACGGUGACUAUACCACAGCGAUGACAUUGUGGUUAAAUUCUUACAUUAUUGGGGACGAACCUCGUGGACCACCAUAUCCACUCUUUUUGUUGCAAGAUUUAACAUCCAUCCUAGGUGCAUAUCUCAUGAGCUGUUUGCCAGAAAGCGCGGCCAACUUUCAUCUGCUUUCGUCUUUCCCUACCCACCACGACCUCUGCGGGGUGGGUACCAACAGGGAGGAGUUGCAAAAGUUACUUGAGUAUGGAUGGUGCCCACCGAAGCCACAUCGAUGUCAUAAUAAUGUUGCAGCGAUUGAUGAAAAAUCAGAGUGUGGAGAACCUGAUUGGUAUACUCCCUUACUCUAUGCAAACUCGUACAACUGCUACACACGCCACUAUUUAAUGCAUUACUUACUACCAGUGUGGCGUGCCGCUGGUAAAAUGAACCUUUUUUUCGAUGAACUUCGGAGGAAUAUGCGGUUGCCGUCUGUGGAAUCUCGUGAGGAAGAGGAGGAUAGAGCGGCAAAUCACGCCAUAAACAUGUACGCGGAGGGUGGCAGGAUUCGCCCCGAUAGCGUCAAGGAACAUGAUCGAUUAGGCAGUGUAUUGCCCCCUAUUAAGGAACAGAAUGCAGUGGUGAGGCGGCUUCUUAUGUCAUUCGUACCAGCUAAGUCCACGACCAACCUUGAGACUGACACGAGUGAGCUUCUAAUGCCGCUCCGCGCGAUUACAAAAUUUUUAAUUGCACUGACAGCGUGUGCGGCAGAGGCCAAAGAGCCCUGGUUAUUACUGUCACUCCAGACUGCCUUUUGUGCAGGCUUCCUAACCCAUUCCUGUGCUGAUAAUCUAGACAAACCGUAUGACAACUUAAAGAGCAAUCGUGUUGUUCUCAAUACCGAGGCUUGGAUCGGGUAUCUGGAUGAACUUGAGGCUGAUGUGCGCGCAACUUUGAUGCCACAGGCACGUGAUAUUCUUGAACACUUUAGCUUAGACAUCAUUUCUCUAAUAUACUAUGGUAGGCAAGCAUUUCGGUUGGAGCAACAGCUUUGGAAUGCGCAUGAUGCCCUGCGAUUAAUAGAAGCGUCCAAGAAGCAUUAUCAACGAGACUCCGCAUUUUCCUGGAGGCACACCGUAGCAGACUAUAAAUCUUCUAGCGACGUUAUCGAUAAAGAGAGUCCUGGACUCAAGUAUCCUGCGAAAAUACUAAAUAUGCUUUUCAGCAUGGUGAGUGCUACGUUGCCUCUGGUUCCUAAUUUUGAAAACGGGCAUUUUGUAAAAGACGACGACCAGGCGGAAAAUCUAGAGCAAGAGCAGAUUUGGGCCGAAAAUUCGGCUUUGAUAAUGUCUUACCUAAACGGUUUAUCCCCGUCGAGUGAGGCUGUGGCACGGACCAUACUCCACGUCGGGUCCGGGUGCCAGGAUCCCAAUUUUAUUCAUGCCGAUAAUCUUGGGAAUCAUGCUUUCCCUGUUGGUGGACAUGGAAGUGAUAGCGCCGAAGUCGGUGAAUCUCGUGAGAAGUCCGGAUGGACUCCGUUAGAACGAGCACUGCUCCUGCGCAACCUUCAUCUCCAGCGGAGGCUUGCAUCGUUAUGCUCUCUUGACGCUAGGACUAGCAGCGGCGCCUCUAGCCAAUGUGUGAGUGCUGCCGGUGAGCUCGACAUUGAAGUCGACGCUCGAUCGCAUGGAUGGCUGAUGGAGCUGAGGACAGCAUUGAACACACACAAAAAUAGGGGAGUCUUCAGUAACGCAGGAGUAGCAGUUCCUGACUUGGAUUCCGCCUGCAUACGGCAGAUAGUAGAUAGCUUAGCGGAGCGUCUUGUAUGUCUAACCCUCAUAGACCUGGCUCGAUGGUUGCAGACAAACCAUAGGCAGCUUGAGUGCAGUCGGGGUGGUUAUACAGGUGGAUAUGCCACACAUCAUCAUAUUCUUCAGGAGCAAUUUGAUGUCAAAAAUGAUAGGGGGGUGGAUGGCGGCCAUCAAUUAUUAUCUCGUGACAAUGGUAAUAGGGCACAUGAUUCUAAUGAAGAUUUCACAAGGUAUGGUGCGAUGCGGGAAGGAUAUGCUUCCCGUGAGGUACAAUAUUUUGUGGAUAGCAAUGAACAUAGCUCGAGUGAUAAUGCAUAUGAUGUGGGGAACGCUGAUGAAGCUAUGCAUUUUGAAAGCCUACAAGAGCUGUACGUUCCGACUGCGCUACAACACCGUAUCGAAUUGUUAUUGAAGGAGUUGAAGCUCGCAAUGGAUAAUAGACUGAAGGAAGGGGCUCUAUCGCCACCUUUGUCAUGGUACGGCUGCGUAAGUCCAGCUACUGUGUCUGUACUAGCUGUGCUUCUAGCAGGGUGUUCCACGAAUUGUGCGCAACAUACUGAAAACGCACAGCAAGCGUCCUAUAAUAUUUGGAGCGACCUUGUUGACAUCGCUAUGUACCACCUUUCUCCUCUCCAUACCAGAGCUGUAAAAGCGACGGAGAGUAUUAGGGAUGCCGAAGUAUCUGUACCACUGUCGCCUUUAUUUGGAAACUCUAUUAGUAUUCUGUUUCUGAUGCUGGCACGAACGGCCCAGUGGGAUCUUGUCGAGCGACUGCUUCGCGGGAUGGAAGCGUACGAUGGAGAGCACACUAGUGUUGGAGAGUAUUUAGAGCCACUCAAUUCUGAAGGACAGCCGCAUAACGACGGGGUUCGGUGGCUGUGGUCUGGGGUGACCGUUGACCCAAAAGUCUUUUCGGAAGUUUUCAGACGUGCGAGGGAAGAUGGUGCGACUGUGGUGUGUGCGAUGCUCUCCCCUAAAAGGAAGUGGCUUUUUUUCUAA